AUGCGAUCCUUCCUCGUCCUUUGCCUCGUGGCCAUCGCCUCCGCCGACAAACUGGGCUACAACUACCAGCCGGUGGCCCACUCCUCCUCGGGAUUGAGCUUCCAGCCCUCGGGAGCGCCAGCAGUGAUGCACCGCUUUCUCGGCGGGACCUCCUCCAUUGCCGACUCCCUGGAGGGAUCCCAGUCGGUGGCUGCCCCCAACUACGCUGCUCCUCAGGCCCAACUGGAGAAGGAGUUCUUCACCUACACCGCCGACGAGGGUGACUUCUACGAUCCCGCUGCCUCCGAUCAGGUGUCCAAUGCCGUCAACAAGGGUCUCCGCGUGGUCUUCAUCAAGGGACCCGAGAACCGUGGUCUGGAGGAUGCCGCCCUGGCUCUGGCCAAGCAGGCUGCCCAGCAGGAGACCGCCAUCUACGUCCUGAACAAGCAGGCCGACAUUGGUGACUUGGCCAACAAGCUGAACUCCAUCCGCAACAACAACAACAACAAGCCCGAGGUGCACUUCGUCAAGUACAGGACUCCCGAGGAUGCGGCCAAUGCCCAGAGGGCCAUCCAGGGUCAGUACGACCAGCUGGGAGGAUCCUCUCAAGCUCAAGAUGGCGGCGUGGCCUCCACCCUGAACUUCGCCUCCCAGCCAGCUCGGGAAAGUGUUUCUGCCAGUGCUCCUGGACCCAGCUACCUGCCCGCCAACAUCUUCCGUCGCCUCCGUCUCUAA